AUGAUUAUGGAAAAAAAUAGCUUAAAAAAUCUGAUAAUUCAUACAGAAGAUUCAAUUGACAGAGCAAUUAUGAAUAAUGACCUAGAAUCAUUCAUUGCAUUCACUGAAAGAGAUGAAUUUGAUGAAGAUCAAACACUUGGAAGCGAUUUAUAUCCAUCACGGAGAUUAUCAUUACUUGAAUUAUGUUGUUACCAUGGAGCUGUUGAUUGCUUCAAGUUUUUAAGAACGGAAUUUGAUUCAAAAAUAACUCAAACAUGUCUUCAUUUUUCAUUUUUAGGAGGAAAUCCAGAGAUCAUGAGUGAAUGUUUGAAACAUCACAAACCAGAUGAAAAAUGCAUGAAAUAUGCAAUUAUUUCACACAACAUUGAUUUUGUUACAUUCUUGAUGAAUGAAUACAAAAUGAAGAUCGAUUCAUACUAUUGUGGAAUGUAUAAUAAUCUUGAGACAUUAUUUGUUUAUUUCGAUCAAACUAAUGAUAUUAAUAUAUGCUUUAUAAUAUCGACGAGGUUCGAUAUUCCAUCUCUUUGCGAAUAUUUCCUAUCAAAUGGUGCAAAUAUCAAUGAAAAAGAUGAAUAUGGAAAUACGGCUCUUCAUAUUGCAGCAUGUUAUAAUAGUAAAGAAACGGCCAAACUUCUUAUUUCACAUGGUAUUAAUAUUAAUGAAAAAAAUAAUGAUGGAGAAACCGCUCUUCAUAUUGCAGCAUAUUAUGAUAGAAAAGAAACGGCCAAACCCCUUAUUUCAUAUGGUAUUAAUAUUAAUGAAAAAAAUAAUGAUGGAGAAACCGCUCUUCAUAUUGCAGCAUUUAAGAAUAGUAAAGAAACAGCCAAACUUCUUAUUUCCCAUGGUGCAUAA